AUGUCAGACUGUGACUCGUCCUGCAGCUCUCAGCAGAACACCAAGAAAGACUUCCUCUGUGAGAGAUGUGAGGGUUCAGAGGAUGAAGGCAGGAAGCUGAAGAGGAGAGAGAAGAACAGAGUCGCAGCCCAGAAGAGCCGAAAGAGACAAACGCAGAGAGCCGACGUGCUGCACGAGGCCUGUGAGCUGCUGGAGCAGAGGAACAGGAAGCUGAAGAGAGAGGUCGACUCUCUCUCCGAGGAGCAGCGUCUCCUCUCCGAAGCCCUCAGAGUCCAUGAGCCUUUCUGUCCCAUCAUGCAUUGCUCCUUCGCCUCCUCCUCCAACCUGCAGUCAGACACCAUGGCAGCUCGCUCUGUCUGA